UCCGACUGGCUGGGGGACCAGGAUGCCAUCCACUACAUGGUGGAGCAGGCCCCCGCUGCCGUGGUCGAGCUAGAAAAUUAUGGCUUGCCAUUUAGCAGAACCGAAGAUGGGAAGAUUUAUCAGCGUGCAUUUGGUGGACAGAGCCUCAAGUUUGGAAAGGGCGGGCAGGCCCGUCGGUGCUGCUGUGUGGCUGAUUGGACCGGCCACUCAAUAUUUCACACCUUAUACAGGAGGGCACACAUGGUGCUGGUUGUCUCAUUACGGAAGGAUGUCGUGGAGAGGGAGGCAUUCUCAUUAACAGUCAAGGCGAAAGGUUUAUGGAGCGAUACGCCCCUGUCGCGAAGGACCUGGCGUCUAGAGAUGUGGUGUCUCGGUCGAUGACUCUGGAGAUCCGCGAAGGAAGGUGCGUGUGAUUUACCACCAGCAUUGUCUGAGCGGGCACACGGGCCGGGGUUGCUUCUGUGCGUUUCAGCACCGCUCGCCCUCACCUUCGUGUGCAGGGACGUGUGCACAGCCACCUCUCUGAGCUGCCGGGAGGCGUCUGUUAGUCUGUGAUAUUUUCCUAAAGACCUACAUUUUGAAAAUUUUAGCUAGUUUCUCAAAUCUGUGGAACAGAGUUUCUCUUAGUGUGUGUGAGUAUGUGACGGAGUAUGGGAGAGACACACACCCAACCUGAAGUCAGUAUGUGAGCCUUGGGUGUCGUGUCUGAUACCCACAGAUGUUUUUCGGCAGCUUUCCAAGUGUGGGGGUUAUUUGGCUUUCAGUAAGACA